AUGACACUCUAUCGCACCGAUCAGGACUCACCACUCCUCAGCUUCAAUCAGUUUCCAACACCUGAUAAUCUCAAUCAGUACCCAACAACCUACCCUUUUAAUCCGUCUCAACACCCAUACCCUUUCAAUUCGUUUCCACCAUCGACCAAUCGCAGUCCGCAUUCUCAAUUCUACAACACCAAUCAGUGUUUACAACUCAGGGCAGUUAAAACAAAAUCGGGAAACUGUCCAACAAACAUAACAGUGUCAAGAACUGGAGAUCUUAUUUACAGUGACUACGAGGAUGGAACUGUGAACAUUUUGAACAAUGAAAUGACAAAAAUAGAGGAGGUGAUCAGUCUACAGAACUGGAAACCUCAAGGUGUCUGUAGCAUUUCUUCUGGUGAACUCCUGAUUACUAUGGAAAGAGACGACAAGACAGAAUCAAAAGUUGUCAGAUACUCUGGGUUCACAGAGAAACAAUCCAUUCAAUUUGAUAAUGAAGGUAAUCCCCUCUACUCAUCUGGUGGUUUUCUUAAAUCCAUAUGUGAAAACAGGAACCUUGAUAUCUGUGUGGCUGAUUGUGGAGCUAGAGCAGUAGUAGUGGUCAAUCAAGGCGGGAAACUGAGAUUUAAAUAUUAUGGACAAGCUCCCGCUCCAUGUAGCAAACCACUCAAUCCAAAAGGAAUAACUACAGACAGUCAGGGCCACAUCAUUGUCAGUGACAAUGAAAAUAACUUUGUCCACAUCAUAGACGAGGAUGGACAGUUCCUAGAGUCUCAAAAUUCGGAAAUGAACCCUUGCACAAGUUCCCAGGAUGUGAUACGUUGUGACGUCUGUACUACUGAUGUGGUACAGAUGCACUGUGAUCCAUGUCACGUUAAUCUCUGUGAAAUACAAGAGGGAAGCAUUUUAAAACUGUUCGGAAGUUUAGCAGCACCUUGUUUCAAAACAGAGAAGAAUGGCUACCGAAUGAAAACCACACAAGGAUCACGCGAGGAUGAAUCCGUGCAAGUUAUCCCAAAUAACUCAUCAGAAGAAAGUUCCUUUUCUGAUUCCUCUCCAAUUUCCCUAAAAGCGCAAAAAACUGAACGCCUUUUCCCCAACAAUCAGCAUUUACCAGCAAUUGAAUCUCUUCUUUCAACUGAGGAGAGGUCACCAGAAGUUCGAUAUCGACCUCCAGUCCCUAGGAAACCCAAACUAAAACCAUCAGAAUCUGGUUCCCCUCCUCCAGUCCCUUUGAAAUCAGCAGACUGCGGUGCAGUCAGUCAAGAAACAGUUGAAAAUAGACAUCCUUAUUUAGACAAAAAACUGCGUAAUGAACCAGAGAUUAUCAACACAGAAAUCAAAUGUGUUAAGAAUAUGAUAAAUAUUGCGUGUUUGGGCGAUGAAAAGAUAUGGCUAUGUAAAGGUGAAGCUAUCAUGGAACUGUAUAUGGUCAAUAAAGAUUCUUCACUUGAGUCAAUCACAACCAAGUCGGAAGACAUACCAACAGACCUAGCGGUGACAAAAAGUGGAAAUCUCAUUUAUACUGAUAAGGGGGAUGGGACCGUUAACAUUGUGAUAAAAGGAAAAACUCAAGAGUUGAUCAGAUUACGAACUGGAGACCUAUUGGCAUAUGUAGCACAUCUGAUGAUGAUCUACUGA